GGGGCCGCCUUCCUGGGCGCGAUCCCCGAGCGCAGCACCCGGCGCUGCCGAGCCACCUCCCCCGCCGCCCGCUAGCAAGUUUGGCGGCUGCGAGCCCGGCGCGCCUCGGAAUCGAGGCGCAUUUGUUUCCUCCUGGCUUCCGCGCGCCCGGUUCGGCGGGGACCCUUGGGAGCGAUGCCGAAGGAUGUGAUCUUAAUUGUGUGGUUUUGUGUGUGCACCGCCAGGACAGUGGUGGGCUUUGGGAUGGAUCCCCACCUUCAGAUGGAUAUUAUCACUGAGCUCGACCUCGUGAACACCACCCUUGGAGUCACUCAGGUGUCUGGACUGCACAAUACCAGCAAAGCAUUUUUAUUUAAAGAUAUAGAAAGAGAGAUCCACGCAGCCCCUCAUGUGAGUGACAAAUUAGUUCAGCUGUUCCGGAAUAAGAGCGAAUUCACCUUUCUGGCCACUGUACAGCAGAAGCCAUCCAGUUCAGGAGUGAUACUGUCCAUUCGAGAACUGGAACGCAGCUAUUUCGAACUGGAGAGCAGUGGUCUGAGGGAUGAGAUUCGAUACCACUACAUACAUAACGGCAAGCCCAGGACAGAGGCACUUCCGUACCGGAUGGCUGAUGGACAGUGGCACAAGGUCGCACUGUCAGUUAGUGCCUCCCAUCUCCUGCUCCACGUCGACUGCAACAGGAUUUAUGAACGUGUGAUAGACCCUCCUGAGACCAACCUUCCCCCAGGAAGCAAUUUAUGGCUUGGUCAACGCAACCAAAAGCAUGGUUUAUUCAGAGGGAUUAUCCAAGAUGGGAAAAUCAUCUUUAUGCCGAAUGGAUACAUAACACAGUGUCCAAACCUGAAUCGCACUUGUCCAACUUGCAGUGAUUUCUUAAGCCUGGUGCAAGGAAUAAUGGAUUUACAAGAGCUUUUGGCCAAGAUGACUGCAAAACUGAACUAUGCAGAGACAAGACUUAGUCAAUUGGAAAACUGUCAUUGUGAGAAGACCUGUCAAGUGAGUGGACUGCUCUAUAGAGACCAAGACUCCUGGGUUGAUGGUGAUCACUGCAGGAACUGCACAUGCAAAAGUGGCGCUGUGGAAUGUCGAAGGAUGUCCUGUCCCCCCCUCAACUGCUCUCCAGACUGCCUCCCCGUGCACAUUGCUGGCCAGUGCUGUAAGGUCUGCCGACCAAAAUGUAUCUAUGGAGGAAAAGUCCUUGCAGAAGGCCAGCGGAUUUUAACCAAGAGCUGUCGGGAAUGCAGAGGUGGAGUUCUAGUAAAAAUUACUGAAGCGUGCCCUCCUUUGAACUGCUCAGAGAAGGAUCACAUUCUCCCAGAGAAUCAGUGCUGCAGUGUCUGCAGAGGUCAUAACUUUUGUGCUGAAGGACCUAAAUGUGGUGAAAACUCAGAGUGCAAAAACUGGAAUACCAAAGCUACUUGUGAGUGUAAGAAUGGUUACAUCUCUGUCCAGGGAGACUCUGCCUACUGUGAAGAUAUUGAUGAGUGUGCGGCUAAGAUGCAUUACUGUCAUGCCAACACUGUGUGUGUCAACUUGCCUGGGUUAUAUCGCUGUGACUGUGUCCCAGGAUACAUUCGUGUGGAUGACUUCUCUUGUACCGAGCACGACGAAUGUGGCAGCGGGCAGCACAACUGUGAUGAGAAUGCCAUCUGCACCAACACCGUCCAGGGAUACAGCUGCAUCUGCAAACCGGGCUACGUGGGCAACGGGACCAUCUGCAGAGCAUUCUGCGAAGAGGGCUGCAGAUAUGGUGGAACAUGUGUGGCUCCUAACAAAUGUGUCUGCCCUUCUGGAUUCACAGGAAGCCACUGCGAGAAAGAUAUUGAUGAAUGUACAGAGGGGAUCAUUGAGUGCCACAACCAUUCCCGCUGCGUUAACCUGCCAGGGUGGUACCACUGUGAGUGCAGAAGCGGUUUCCAUGACGAUGGGACGUAUUCACUGUCCGGGGAGUCCUGUAUUGACAUUGAUGAAUGUGCCUUAAGAACUCAUACCUGUUGGAAUGAUUCUGCCUGCAUCAACCUGGCAGGGGGCUUCGACUGCCUCUGUCCCUCUGGGCCCUCCUGCUCUGGUGACUGCCCCCACGAAGGAGGACUGAAGCACAAUGGGCAGGUGUGGACUCUGAAAGAAGACAGGUGUACUGUCUGUUCCUGCAAGGAUGGGAAGAUAUUCUGCCGGCGGACAGCUUGUGAUUGCCAGAAUCCAAGCGUUGACCUUUUCUGUUGCCCAGAGUGUGACACCAGGGUCACAAGUCAAUGUUUAGAUCAAAACGGACACAAGCUCUAUCGCAGUGGAGACAACUGGACUCACAGUUGCCAGCAGUGCCGGUGUCUGGAAGGAGAGGUAGAUUGCUGGCCGCUCACUUGCCCCAAUUUGAACUGUGAGUACACAACCAUCUUGGAAGGGGAAUGUUGUCCCCGCUGUGUCAGUGACCCCUGCCUGGCUGAUAACAUCGCCUAUGACAUCAGGAAAACUUGCCUGGACAGCUAUGGCCUUUCUAGGCUUAGUGGCUCAGUGUGGACAAUGACUGGAUCUCCCUGCACAACCUGCAAAUGCAAGAAUGGAAGUGUCUGCUGUUCUGUGGAUUUGGAGUGUCUUCAUAAUAAUUGAAGUAUUUAAAAUGGACUCAUCAUCGCGGGAGAAAAAUGGACAAAAUAACCAUCCAACAUGAUGAAGAACAGGAGUUGGUGUUUUUAGUUUUUUGUUUUUAACCACAGACAAUUACCAAAGUUUCCACUGAAGGAAGGUGUUUGGGGGUUUACCUUUUGGACCUACCACAUUGCUCAUUCUUGCUAACCUAGUCUAGGUGACCUACAGCACAGUGCAUUUAAGUCUAUGGUUGUUUAAAAAAAAAAAAAAAAGUUUCCCAUGUUGUAAAUCACAUUUCCCUUAUCAGAUCAUUUGCAGACACAUUUAAAUGAUCUCAUGGUAAAUGUUGAUGUAUUUUUUUGUUUAUUUUGUGUACUAACAUAAUAGAGACUCGGCUCCUUUUGUUUAUUUUUUCUGGAGUUUUGGAUCAAAUUCUACAAAUAAAGUUGCCUGUUGUGAUUUUUGUCCCAUCCACUGAAAACUUAGUAUUCAGAUUCCUGUGAAAUGUAUUGAUAAAUAUGUGUAUGUAGAGCCUAACUGCAUCUUACUUACAUUUCAAACUGUUGAACACACCUAGAUACCCACUCGUUCAGCUUAAGCAAGCUGAAAGCAAUUAUGAUAUGUUAAAGAGGGGAAAGACCACAAACAUAAAUAAUUAUUUGAAAAAGAACUUUCUCCUCCCUCUU